AUGGAGAUGGAGGCCACCAUCUCAAAGCGCCGCAAGGGUUCGUUUCGCGAAGCCACCGACCUUGACUCCUCCUCCUCGUCUGGUUUUAAGAUGGCCGUUAUCGUCUUUUCCCCAGCCAACAAGCCCUAUGUAUACGGUCACCCCUCUGCAGUCUCUGUCUUAUAUCGCUUUCUUGGCGAACAAGAUGAUGAUGAAGAUGACGACGAUGACAACGAUGACGAGGAUGACGAGGAUGACGAUGACGAUGAAGAUGAUGAAGAUGAUGAAGAUGAUGAUGGUGUUGUUAUUGAUGAAGAUUUAGAAGCCAAUGAAGAGAAAGCAGUGCAAGAUGGUAUAGAUAAGUACGGGUUGAAUGAGCAUGCGGGAGUGGAUGAAGUAGAUAAAAAAAUAGCAACCCUAAAACAUUUCAUAAAGAUACUGGAUUUGAAGAUAGAUCAUGAGAUGAAGAGGAAAGACUCUUUGCACCAAGGAUAA